GGAGGGCGACGAGGCUUUGCCGCGGUGACGAGCAAAGUGUGUGCCCGCCAUAGUGCUAGCAGCCGCCGGGCCGCGGUGCGUGGGGCCGGGAGGAGGCCGAGAGGGUAGCGGCGGCAGCGGCGGGGGCUCGAGCGAAGGGGCAGAAAUAUGUGGUUGAUGAAAAAAUAGUUACCAACCUGGAUCAUUUUGAAGGAGAUUGCAGGCUUUUGGGAAGGCUAAAGCUGUCAAGAGAGUGAGUCAUGACUUCAUGUUGUGAGCUUGUAGAUUCCAAGGCUGAGCUCACUGCUUUGCUAGAGCAAUGGGAGAAAGAUCAUGGCAGUGGACAAGACAUGGUUCCCAUUCUUACCCGAAUGUCAGAAUUGAUUGAAAAGGAAACAGAAGAGUAUCGCAAACGAGAUCCAGAUCCAUUUGAUGAUAGGCAUCCCGGUCGAGCAGACCCAAAAUGUAUGCUUGGACACUUGCUGAGGAUUCUUUUCAAGAAUGAUGAUUUCAUGAAUGCACUGGUAAAUGCUUAUGUCAUGACAAGCAGAGAACCUCCACUGAACACAGCUGCCUGCCGACUCCUGUUGGACAUUAUGCCUGGGCUGGAAACUGCUGUUGUCUUUCAGGAGAAGGAAGGCAUUGUUGAGAAUCUCUUCAAAUGGGCACGAGAAGCUGAUCAGCCUUUAAGGACAUUCGCAACUGGAUUGCUUGGAGGUGCCAUGGAGAAUCAAGAUAUUGCUGCCAACUAUAGAGAUGAAAAUUCCCUAUUGGUGGCAUUUGUCCUUCAACGUUUGCGAGAACUGCAAGUCAUUGAAACCAACACAAAGCAUGAAAAUAAGCGUCCUAGUCCUCGAAAAGUGCCAUCCGACCCCUUGCUGCCUCUAGAUGAAGAAGCUGUGGACAUGGAUUAUGGGGAGAUGGCUGUGGAUGGUGAGCAGGAGGAAGUGACGGGGGACAUGGAUAUUUCAUUUAACCUUGACUCAAAUCACAAGACAAGUAGUCGGGUAAAUUCUGCUGCAAAAAAAUCAGGGAAGCAACACGAAAAAGAGAAUUUCCGAAAAGCAAAACAAAAACUCGGCUUCUCUUCUGAACCAGAAAGGAUGUUUGUUGAACUGUCUAAUAGCAGCUGGUCUGAGAUGUCUCCUUGGGUGAUUGGCACAAAUUAUAACCUGUAUCCCUUGACCCCCGCCAUAGAGCAAAGACUGAUUCUGCAGUAUCUGACUCCUCUAGGGGAGUAUCAAGAGUUGCUGCCUAUCUUCAUGCAACUUGGAUCAAGAGAUUUGAUGAUGUUCUAUAUUGAUUUGAAACGGACCAAUGAUGUACUGCUUACUUUUGAAGCCCUAAAGUAUUUGGCAUCUCUGCUGCUCCACAACAAGUUUGCAACGGAGUUUGUUGCUCACGGAGGAGUACAGAAGCUACUGGAGAUUCCUCGCCCUUCUAUGGCAGCCACAGGUGUCUCCAUGUGUUUAUACUAUUUGUCUUACAAUCAGGAUGCCAUGGAAAGGGUAUGCAUGCACCCCCACGUGCUAUCAGAUGUUGUGAACUACACCUUGUGGUUGAUGGAAUGCUCUCACGCAUCAGGCUGCUGCCAUGCUACCAUGUUCUUUUCUAUUUGUUUCUCGUUCCGUGCAGUUUUAGAGCUGUUUGAUAGGCAUGAUGGCUUACGGCGCCUAGUUAACUUGAUUAGCACUCUUGAUAUCUUAAAUUUGCAAACCCAAGGUGCGCUGCUAAGUGACGAUGAGAUCUUUGCUAGCCGUCAGACUGGAAAACAUACUUGCAUGGCCAUGCGCAGGUAUUUUGAGGCACAUCUUGCCAUCAAAGUAGAGCAAGUGAAGCAGUCACUUCAACGCACGGAAGGUGGAAUUCUGGUCCAUCCACAGCCUCCAUAUAAGGCUUGUUCCUAUACUCAUGAACAGAUUGUGGAAAUGAUGGAGUUUUUAAUAGAAUAUGGACCAGGUCAGCUCUAUUGGGAUCCAGCAGAGGUGUUUCUCAAGCUAUGUUGUGUACAGCUCAUGCUUCAGCUUAUUUCAAUAGCAUGCAAUUGGAAGACUUACUAUGCAAGAAACGACACGGUGCGUUACGCGUUGGAUGUUUUGGCCAUCCUCACUGUGGUUCCAAAAAUUCAGUUACAGUUAGCUGAGGCAGUGGAUACCGUGGAUGAGGGAGGAACAUCUAUUUCUAUUGUGGGUAUCAGCAUCAUUUUGGGGCUUGCCGAGGGUGAAUUCUUUAUUCACGAUGCAGAAAUCCAGAAAUCUGCCCUUCAGAUCAUCAUUAACUGUGUCUGUGGUCCAGACAAUCGCAUCUCCAGCAUUGGCAAAUUUAUCUCUGGCACACCUCGUCGCGCACUCCCCCAAACACCCAGGAAUAGUGAGCAUACUUUGGCCAAGAUGUGGAACGUGGUGCAGUCAAACAAUGGCAUCAAAGUGCUGUUAUCCUUGCUCUCUGUCAAAAUGCCCAUUACAGAUGCAGACCAGAUCCGAGCAUUGGCCUGCAAAGCUCUGGUUGGGUUGUCGCGAAGUAGUACAGUCCGGCAGAUCAUCAGCAAGCUGCCCCUGUUCAGCAGCUGUCAGAUCCAGCAGCUAAUGAAGGAGCCUGUGCUGCAGGAUAAGCGCAGCGAGCAUGUCAAGUUUUGCAAAUACGCUGCGGAGCUGAUAGAGCGUGUCUCAGGAAAACCCUUGUUGAUUGGGACCGAUGUCUCUCUGGCCCGACUGCAGAAGGCAGAUGUGGUGGCCCAGUCGAGGAUUUCAUUUCCUGAGAAGGAGCUGCUCCUUUUGAUCAGGAACCAUCUCAUCUCUAAAGGGCUAGGAGAAACUGCUACCAUUCUUACAAAGGAGGCAGAUCUACCCAUGACAGCAGCUUCUCAUUCCUCUGCCUUCACCCCAGUUCCUGCCACUUCAUCUCCUGUGUCUCUGCCUCGUACCCCUCGCAUAGCAAAUGGCAUUGCGGCCCGGUUGACUAACCAUCCUUCUGUUGCUUCUGGUGCUUCCUCUGUUCACCCUCAGCCAAGACCAGCUGGCUGCCAGGGCCCACUUGCACUGCCAGGCCCAUCUCAUGCCACCAACGCCCCAGUGAUUGGCAGAAUUAGCUUUAUCCGUGAGAGACCAUCUCCCUGCAAUGGCAGAAAAAUCAGAGUGCUUCGGCAAAAAUCAGACCACGGCGCCUACAGUCAGAGCCCAGCUAUCAAAAAACAGCUGGACAGACACCUUCCUUCCCCUCCCACCUUGGACAGUAUAAUCACAGAGUACCUUAGGGAGCAGCAUGCGCGCUGCAAAAACCCUGUAGCUACUUGUCCCCCCUUUUCUCUUUUUACACCCCACCAGUGUCCUGAGCCAAAACAGAGGCGCCAAGCGCCAACUAACUUUACCUCGCGGCUGACCCGCAGGGCAGCCUUCCCAAAGUAUGGCGGGGUAGAUGGUGGAUGCUUUGAUAGACACCUUAUAUUUAGCAGGUUCCGUCCAAUUUCUGUGUUCCGGGAAGCAAAUGAAGAUGAAAGUGGCUUUACGUGUUGUGCAUUUUCUGCACGGGAGCGAUUCCUGAUGUUGGGCACCUGCACAGGGCACCUAAAACUCUACAAUGUCUUUAGCGGGCAGGAGGAGGCCAGCUACAAGUGCCAUAACUCUGCUAUCACGCAUCUUGAACCAUCCAGGGAUGGUUCUUUAUUGCUGACAUCUGCUUCCUGGAGCCAGCCGCUUUCUGCAUUGUGGGGAAUGAAAUCUGUCUUUGAAACCAAGCAUUCCUUCACGGAUGACCAUUAUGUUGAGUUCAGUAAGCAUUCUCAAGAUAGGGUCAUUGGCACCAAGGGGGACAUUGCCCAUAUCUAUGAUAUUCAGACUGGCAACAAGCUCUUGACUUUGUUUAACCCAGAUCUUGCAAACAACUACAAGAAGAAUUCUGCCACCUUUAACCCCACAGAUGACCUUGUCUUAAAUGAUGGCGUCCUCUGGGAUGUUCGCUCUGCACAGGCUAUUCAUAAAUUUGAUAAAUUCAAUAUGACCAUCAGUGGCGUUUUCCACCCGAAUGGAUUGGAGGUCAUAGUGAACACAGAAAUUUGGGACUUGCGGACUUUCCACUUGCUACACACAGUGCCUGCUUUGGAUCAAUGCCGUGUUGUUUUCAACCAUACUGGGACAGUUAUGUAUGGAGCUAUGCUACAAGCCGAUGAUGAAGAUGAUUUGCUGGAAGAGAGAAUGCGAAGUCCUUUUGGAUCAUCCUUCAGGACAUUCAAUGCAACAGAUUACAAACCAAUUGCCACCAUUGAUGUGAAAAGAAACAUCUUUGAUCUAUGUACGGACACAAAGGAUUGUUAUUUAGCUGUUAUUGAGAACCAGGGAAGUAUGGAUGCCAUGAACAUGGAUACUGUUUGCAGGCUAUAUGAAGUAGGCAGACAGCGUUUGGCAGAAGACGAGGAGGAUGAGGAAGAUGAUCAGGAAGAGGAGGAACAGGAAGAGGAUGAUGAUGAAGAUGAAGAUGAUACUGAUGACCUAGAUGAGCUGGACACUGAUCAGUUGCUGGAGGCUGAUUUGGAGGAAGAAGAGAACAAUGAGAAUGCAGGUGAGGAUGGAGAAAAUGACUUCUCCCCUUCUGAUGAUGAGGAAGUGGCCAACCUGCUGGAAGAGGGAGACGAAGGAGAAGAUGACGACUCUGAUGCAGAUGAGGAAGUUGAGCUGAUCCUUGGUGAUACCGACAGCUCAGAUAACUUGGAUCUGGAAGAUGACAUAAUUUUGUCUCUGAAUGAAUGAGGCGCAGUCUUCCUCUGGGACUUUGGCAGCAGAGCAGCUCCCGACUCGGAAGCCAGGAGAGCCAAUCAAGAGGUGAACACCGAGCACCCUGUCAGCUUCUUCUACUUGGCAGAAAUCCAGUCCUUCCAGUUUUCAAGUGGACAGACAUGGGCUCAGGAUAGGCCCAGAGUCUUUCUACAGAGACCAGGGAUUUGGCCUUUAUUUUCUCUGCCUUUUUUUUUUUUUUAGUCAUUUUUUUUUUAGGCCAAGACACAACUUCUCCAGGAAGACUUCUGAAGAUAUUUCACAGUAUAUUUUCUUUGUAUAAAGUUCUUUCCUAAAGAACAGAAAUAGUUUUAUAUGAGACAAACAAGCAAAAAAAAAAAAAAGGAUAAAAAAAAACCAGGCAGGUAUUAUAAAGAAGGUGUGACUUUGUAACCUUCUAAAAUUUAAUUACCCAACUGGAUUUCUGGGAGAUUAAAAAAAAAAUAACAAAGGGCAUUUUUACUGAAGAGUGUGGGGGGGGGGAAAUGAAUCAUGGAUUGUGAAACAGUGGACGAGUGAUUUUUAUUUUGAACAUGAUUUUUUUAAUGGAGUUGUUGCUACCUGCUGUGAAAAGGUCAUUUAUUUUUGGGGGGUCCUAUGCCUCUUGUCCUGCCUAAAGCCCAGUGAGGGCUCCUGCUGCAGGAGCCUUGGUGGAGGGCUGAAGGUCCAGUUUGAUCUCGUUAAGAACCCGCCGUUGCUGGAGAUGAAGGACUCUGGCUUGCAAGUCUCCCUCCACCUAUUGCCACACACCCCUUUCUUUUUGACGUUGGCAUUUUUAAUCCUCUCCCCCCGCCCUGCCCUUCUGCCCUCUGUGAAAAUUAAAAAUUGAAAUCCUUUUUCUUCAAUGUAAAUUGUAUUUAUUAAAAAAAAAUAAAAAAUGAGAUUCAAGUCCUGUCUGUUCAUAACUCUGAGCUCCUGUCACAUUGCUUGCCACCUUGUUCCAAGAGAAGAUAAUGAAGGCAAUAAGUUACUUAAAAUAUGGGUUAUGGAGAUAACAAAUGCUGCCAUAUUCAUGGGAAUAUAACUGAAGUACAAUGCGUAGUCUUUGAGAAACAUUUGAGAGUUGUGUUCUCUGGACUUCUUUAACAAAAGAGCUCACAAUGAACUCUUACCAGGAGAAUGGUACUUAUGGGAGAAUUCUGAUCUCCAGUUGUGCAUGGCCAACGCCAAGAUAACUUGAAAACCGAAAAAGUGAACUCUUGCAGAGUUUUCCUUCCUUUCCUUCCCUCCCUCUACAAUUAAAUCUAAAAUUACAGCAACAGUAAGAUUGAUAAAUAAUGCAAAUACAUAAAGAUCUAUACAGAGGUUGGAGCUGUUGGCUUCUUGUUUCUGGUCUCUGAUGUACUUACAUUAUAGCAUCUCUACAAAUUUUUGCAGUAGCUCUACAAUGUAAAUCAGCAUUUAUCUUCCACUUUGUAGGUAAGAAGUCAAAGCCAAGCAGAGUUUAUAGCUCAUUCUUAGACAUUGCUCCAGCCUUUUUGAAUUAAAAACGUUGAGCUUCGUAUGUACUGAGGCUUAACCUAUGAAUAACAUCGUUUUUAAAAGUUCACACAUUUCCUCUAGUUAGCUUAUUCCAAAACAUUUUCUUUUAAUAAAUGAAGAUUUUAAUUGAUUCUGUUUAAAAAUUGCAUUAUGAACACAUUUGUUCAAUUGACUAGUUCUACGGUUGGAAAGCCUGCUAGACAUGCCUUGGCCAGACAUGGGUUUAACUUAGUUUGUUCCAGCAAAAUGCAUAUCAGCAGACUGCCUUAAUUUUUUUAUUUGGCCAAGAGUGGUGCCCCUCCAGUUUUUUUCUUAAUAGCUGAUUAAUCUGGUUUGUAUUAAUGCGCACGAUUAGUCAAUCAAUGAAAUGUUCAAAUUUGCUUAGGUGAUAUGUUCAGUUUAACUAAUUAAGAUAUAGGCAAAUUGCUUAUCUCAGUUAUAUAACUGAUCUAAACCUUCCUUAAACUUGCCAAAUACAAAUAUAAACAAUAUGAUUAGACUAAACCACAUUGCACAUUGCAAUGCAAUAUCUAAGGUUUAUUCUCUACCUAUAGCCAUAGUUUAAAAAUGUUGCUUUAUAUAAGCCACUACACCACCAUAGGGUAAAAAAGAAAUGCAAUUUGUUAGUUAGGAAGAAUUAAUAGAGUGAUAUGUGUCGUACUAUCAUAUUCCUUA